AGUCUAACAAAGCGAUGCUUUAGAGUUCAUCGUUAUUUAUCCUUCUCUCUUUUUAUCGUUAAAAUAAUGAAUUGCUCUGUUUUUCACUUCUCUUCAGGAUGACCCCAAAAGAACCUUUUUUAAAGCGUCUCGGUAGGAGACUGUCGCGGUUGCGCCGCGGCUCGGCGGUGCGUCAGCUGAAGCGCAGUCUUGCUGGGUUUACUCUGGGUCUGUUCCUCGCGUCAGUUUACGGAAUGACAGCGCUGUACAUCCAGAACCACAAUCUCUGGUUCUGUAUCAUCACCACCGGCCUCCUUGCCGCCUGCGCGGGGUUUGGGUCUGGCCUCUCUGACCGCGUGCGCACCAACGUCAUGCUGAUGUUCCCAAUGCUGUGCUCGAUCAGGGGUAAAAAUUUCCUUCUUUUCCUCAUCUGUACCUUGGUUAUCCAAGGCCCAGUGAGCAACACGAUGGAAAAUGUUGAACGGGCCGCAGACAGUGUGAUCUGUGGUGCAGAACUUGCCAUGAACCAAACACGACAGCUCCUGCAGCGUGCCACCAACCCACUGCUACCGGCCCUGAGUAAGAUAAAGCAGAUAGCGAGGAAUGCUCACUCAAUGGCAGGCCGAGCACAAAACUUCAUCAGAACUUUGACGGAAUCUGUGCGGCAUGUUGCUCGUACUCUAAGAAAUGUACUGCACUUCUUAGCGAAUAUUGGCGAUGUGUGUAAUGACAAUCUGGGUUUGCCAUAUCAGAAGUGCACUAGGCUGUUUGAUGAGGCCCGUGAGAACUGCAUGGAGCUGCUCUCGGUGUUUUCGUUCCUCUGCCACCUCCUGGAUGGAUUCCAGCCUCUCUGUGGGCUUGCACGCGUGGGACAGCUGUUCUGCAUCUUACCAUCAUAUAUUGCUGACCACAUUAAGACUGCUUUGGCUUUUCCAACCAUUGCAGCCUUUGAUCGAAUUAAAAAGGAGUUUGAAUUCAACAUUUCUACCUCUACCAACUUUGACCUGCUUCUGGACAACAGUCAGUCCAUACAGGAUGCUGCUCAGGAGAUCAUGGAGGAGGUGUCAGAGGAGCUGGGCCUCCUCCAGGAGCUCAAGCUUCUGCUGGCAUACUUGGGUUUCUUCCUGCUUCUAUUCAUGUAUCUCCAGGCUUUUUUGUACAAAAAUCGGUACCUUCAUAAUGAUAACUUUGAAAACAUCUACAUAACUGACCAGUUUAUUGAGCUGGACAGGAAGUGCUCCAGACAGGGCAAAGCAGCUGUACUUCCCCUCAGCCACAGAGAAACUCUCACCUACAUCAGGCCCUGCUCUCUGUAUCUGACUGUGAGAGAGAGACGGGCUAUAGCAGGUCGGAUGCUGUCUUUGUUCAGGUGUAUGGUCAUGACUGUUAUACCGAUAGCUGUUGACUUCAUGGUGUUCUGGGUGUUUGAGCUGGUACACCACCAGGCCCAGGGUGAAAUCGUCACCAAAGCUCCUGUAGUGGUUGCAGUGAAUGUGAAUGGAUCUGGUUAUGCUUCGGAUAUCUUUAGGGACAUCGCAGCUUCAUUUGACAUCCUGCAGAAAGGAAACAUCACUGUGCUUAGCAAGAAAUGUCUUAUGAAGCCUUUGGAGCCAGACUACAUGAGAUACCUGCUCAUUGGUCUUCUUUAUGGCUUCACUCUGUUUAUUGUGGUCGCUGGUGGCUAUGUCAAACGUUUACAGAGAUUGGUGUGUGCCAGGUACCAUCCUGAAAGAGAGAAAAAGAGAAUCCAGUACCUCCACAGGCAUAUUCUCACUCAGCGUGGGUCUUUAGGAAAAGCCCUACUGAGGGCUGUACAACGAAACAGGAUAGACCAGCAACAUGAUGGCAUUAUACAAACAUUGGCCAAACACCUACCAGGGGGGGCCAUCAUAGCCAGGCUCCUGGAUAUCGGUAAAGAAUCGUGUGUGGCCUGUGGGAAAGUGUUGAAGACGAGAGGUCAUGAUGACGAAGUGCAUAUCUGUCCUACCCCUCGCUGCACAGGCCAUUACUGCUCGCUGUGCUUCAGACUGAUGGGGAAGCUCUGUGCUAUCUGUAUGGCACCCCUCACAUUCCACGAGGACCAAGAGCUAGACUCCAGUGAUGAGGAGCAAGCUGGUUUUUGGGAGACCGCUGUAAGAUCACCUCAACCUGGCCAGAGCACAGAGAGGAAAGGAGUAACGAUCAGUAUUUCUGAUCAGGAUCAUUCUAUAGGGAUGCACGGCCCAACCUACCAUCAAAAUGUCGAGUACACAGAUCUAGAAUUGGCCAUAAACACCUUGGUCAAAAACUUCCAUUCAGCAUCACCUACUGAUGCUGACACGCUCACAGCCCAGGAGUUCCAGAGCAUGAUCUCCAAAGAGCUGCCCACCAUGGUGAAGACAGCAGGGGACCAGGAAGGACUCAACAAACUCCUGACUGAACUGAACGUGGAAGAGGGGAAGGGCAUCACAUUCAAGGAUUUUUGGCGAUUGGUUGAUUCUCUGGCGACUGCUCAGUUUGGAUUGCAGAGCAAAGAGAAACAAGUGAAAUGUGUGAAGUGUAGUCUGAUGUAACACCGGCCCUGAGCAAACGAGACCGAUCAACAUUACGCAGGUGUCCACCACAGCCCUGAGAAAACACGUCCAAUCAGCAGCUUCUAUUACCCAUUACCCUCUACUGUCACUCUAUUGGUCUUUUCGGUAGGUCUUAUCAUAAUUAAGUGUUGUUAAAGAAAUUCCUGAAUGAAUACUCAACAAGCCCUUAUGACACAGACCGCAAGUAAUCUCUACCAUCAGUGUAACCUGAGCCACACCUGCCUGGCCAGAUAACAUAAGAUCUACUGGCUAAUUUACUUCCUCAUUUGUUCUGGUGCUGCAGGUUUUUGUAUUAUUGUGUCACUUUCAACCUGCCCAUUCAUUCUUUUUUUACUUUUGUUUUACAUAUAAAAAAUAGGAAAUUAUUUGUUAUGUGUUUGAUGUGAGCACUGUGAUCAUAUUUUAUAUAACUGUGCGCCACAUGUCUGUUUGUGCAGAUUGACAUGCAUUGCAAAAGAGAUAAUGUGAGUAAAAUAUAUUGUAGAGGGAAGUAGAGAUGUUACACCACAUAUUCUGUACUGUAUUUGACUUGUCUUUGUUGAUUAAAUAUGUGCUAAAGGUU